CCGCCCCGCUCCUUGCCCGGCGGGGCUCAGCCGCCGCCGCCUCACCCUCCCGGUCCCGCCGCCGCCCCCCCCGGUGCAGCCCCAGCCAUGAAGGCGGCGGUGGAUCUCACCAUCAUCAAGACGGAGAAGGUGGACAUCGAGCUCUUCCCGUCCCCCGAUAUGGAAUGUGCAGAUGUGCCUUUAUUAACUCCCAGCAGCAAGGAAAUGAUGUCCCAGGCACUGAAAGCCACCUUCAGUGGCUUUGCCAAAGAGCAGCAGCGACUGGGGAUCCCCAAAGAUCCCCAGCAGUGGACGGAGACGCACGUGCGGGACUGGGUGAUGUGGGCAGUGAACGAGUUCAGCCUGAAGGGAGUGGAUUUCCAGAAGUUUUGCAUGAACGGAGCUGCCCUCUGUGCCCUGGGCAAGGAGUGCUUCCUGGAGCUAGCGCCUGACUUUGUGGGAGAUAUCCUUUGGGAACAUCUGGAGAUCCUGCAGAAAGAAGAGGUAAAACCAUACCCAGCAAAUGGAGCCAACACAACGUACCCAGAAUCCCGCUACACUUCAGACUACUUCAUUAGUUAUGGCAUUGAACAUGCACAGUGUGUGCCUCCCUCCGAGUUCUCUGAGCCCAGCUUCAUCACAGAGUCUUACCAGACCCUCCAUCCCAUCAGCUCAGAAGAGCUCCUGUCCCUCAAGUACGAGAAUGAUUAUCCCUCAGUCAUCCUGCGGGACCCAGGCCAGACAGACUCCCUGCAGACAGACUACUUCACCAUCAAGCAAGAAGUGGUAACACCAGACAACAUGUGCAUGGGACGUGCCAGUCGAGGUAAACUGGGUGGCCAGGACUCCUUCGAGAGCAUAGAGAGCUACGACAGCUGUGACAGACUGACACAGUCCUGGAGCAGUCAGUCCUCCUUCCAGAGCCUGCAGCGUGUCCCCUCCUAUGACAGCUUUGACUCUGAGGAUUACCCCACUGCCCUGCCCAACCACAAGCCCAAGGGCACCUUCAAGGACUAUGUUCGAGAUCGGGCUGACAUGAACAAGGACAAGCCUGUCAUUCCUGCUGCUGCCCUCGCUGGCUACACAGGCAGUGGACCCAUCCAACUGUGGCAAUUCCUGCUGGAACUGCUCACUGACAAGUCCUGUCAGUCCUUCAUCAGCUGGACGGGCGAUGGCUGGGAAUUCAAACUUUCCGACCCAGAUGAGGUGGCCAGGAGAUGGGGCAAGAGGAAAAACAAACCCAAGAUGAACUACGAGAAGCUGAGCCGGGGUUUGCGUUACUACUACGACAAGAACAUCAUCCACAAGACCGCCGGGAAGCGCUACGUCUACCGCUUCGUCUGCGACCUCCAGAGCCUCCUGGGCUACACCCCCGAGGAGCUCCACGCCAUGCUGGAUGUCAAGCCUGAUGCUGAUGAGUGAAGUGGCUCAUCCAGGGUGGAGGAUCAGCCCGUGGCAGUCGAGGGGACUUUUUUUUCUCUUGUUUUCUUGUCACUGUUAACUUUUGGCGGGGUUUUUUUUUAAUUUUUCGCGACUCGGAUUUGAUGCUUUGAGGAUGGUUGGAGAGAAAAGGUGGUGGAAGAGGCAAACUUUUGGCCGAAACCUAAAAUGUUUGGUUUUGGGGAAAAGAUUUGCUUUUAUAUAUAUAUAUUUUUAUUUUUUUUUUCUUGAAAGCUCCAAGACAGGCUUUUUGGGGGUGAAAUUCUGAGUUUUAAGAAAGCCAGAACAAUGUAGCUCACUUAAAAAAGAAACAAACCCUUCCCCAUCCCUUGCUUAGACAAAAAUAUUAUCAAGUAAAUCUCUUUGGGUUUUGUGUUACUCACACCCAAGCUGACAGGUCAGGAAGUGACAGUAUUCCCCGGGAUUUAAAACUUUUUUUGGGGGGGCAGGGAGGGAAAACUGAAGUGGGUGAAUAGUCCUGCUUUGGGGAGGGGCAAUAUAGGAAAAAACCAAGAACUCUUUGUUGUUCUUGUUUCUGUCAGUUGUCUUUUUUUCUACGCAAGGCAGAAUUUUUGCUAGGAGGGAUCAAGACUUUUUUGUUUGGUUUUUUUUUUAAAAAAAAAGAAAAUUGUUAAAGUUUUAUUUUAUUAAAUUUUGUGCCAGUAUUUUUUAUUUUUUAAAAUAGUCUUAAGCUCUAAGAUGGUCUCAGUAUUGCAAUAUUGUGUGUGUUUGUUUCUGUUAUGCCAGCAGAGAUUUUUAUCAUAGUAAGGAAAAAAAGAAAUUCAACAGAAAACCAAAAACAAAAGCAAAACCAAAACCAAGGAGUUUAUGUAGACCCCACUGGAGAAGUUUAAAGCUCCAGCUCGGCACCUCCGAAUCCUCUCUGAGGGAAAAUUUAACUCCAGACUGGCUCCUGGGUGUGGGUAGCUCAUGAUUCCAGUCCCACAUGCUUUGCUUUUCUGGUUGCAGAUGAAGCUGGUUGAAAUUUCUGCUUUUUAGGGUUUUUUGUUGCUGUUAAAAAGGGGCCUUUCUGUGUGGCUGUUUCUUUUGUGCACAAAACCUAUCAAGACUUGCAGGGAAAAUGUCUUUUUGCAUUUCCCAGGUUGCUUUCUUUUUUACUUUGGUGCUUUCAGAAAAUGGGGAGGGUUGGUUUUGUUUUAUGGAGGGGAAAGGGCAGAAAUUCCCUGUGUUUUGAUGUUUUGGAACCAUCCAAGUUGAUUGAGGGGGAAAGAAAAAAAAAAUCAGGAAAAAUUGAAAAACCAAAGGGAAAUGUUUUUUCCUUCCUGUUUCAACCAGCUCUAUCUUUAUUGCUGUGUCUUUUAACCAGCCUGGGCACAAGCAGAAAGGAAAUUGUCCUUGCAAAUGGCUUCUUUACUGCUCCUGCAAAGCCUGGCAGGGUGUGAGUAACAUGAAGCAUACGACCUGGGUCACUGGGCUAAAUGAGAGCUCCUGUCUGCUGGCCUGAGCCAGCUGCAGGAUCAGUCCCAGGGUCCAGGGGGGGGGAGAAGCUGCUCCUUCUCUCCUCCAAACCUUCUGCAGUGGGGUUUGUGUCGGGAGAGGGAAAUCCCUCUGCCCCCAGCACCUCCCAGGAUGCUCCAAAUGCCACCUCUGAGUUAGAGGAGGGCUGAGGUGUUGAAGGAGUUAGAGGUGAGCACUUCCACAGCCAAAUACAACCCCCAAGGCAGAUCUGACUGCUGAAUUAUUUUUUUUUCUGCCCUGAGAGCCACUGGGUGUUUUCUUUUUAGACAGUAUUAUGCAUUGGAGCCAAAAGUACCUUCUUGUUGUGGUGUCUGUCUGUCUGUCUGUGUGGUUGGGGUUGUUGGGUUCAUUGCAGAGGCACUGUGAGACCAUCGUGGGGAGUGAGGCAGGGAAAAGCUUUCCCAAAAUCCUUGUCAGGGCAGAGGGGGGGUGCUGCCAGCUUCAGCCAGGCAAAGAGACAAAAUCUGGGGGCAUGUAACCCCACAGCAUCUGGGGGAGCUCUACCCUGGGUUAAGGUGAUGCUCAGGGGUGCUGGGUUCUCCUCUGCUUCCUCCAGAGCUGGGGGCAGCCAGCACCUCUGUUGGUUGUUUUCAGGGGAGUCAACCCCCCAAAAAAGGGGGGGUGGAGGGGAAAUGAGUGGGCCAAGAGGGAUCUCCAGCCAAGGGGGAUGGAAGCAGAUGGUGGGCUAGGUGAGGGAGUUGUUAGUGAUGCUCGUGGGGCUGCACAUCAUUCACUGAGCAUAGGGAGAGAAGAGGGUGGGAUGGAUGGAAGGUGGAAGGAGCAGGCACCAUAGGAGAGAGGGAUGCUGCCCACUGGGAACUUAAACUUCAUCUCCUCAGGCAGACAGGGAGGAUGGGAGGAAGCAGCUUGGCCCAGCUGGAGGGAGGAAGGGACAAUGUGGAUCCUGGGGAUGAGGUCCCAGGGCAGAGCUCUGCAAUGGGACAGCACAGCCAUGGGCAGGGGAGGUUCAGUUCAGAGCAUCCCAACAGGACACCCCAUCCAGGCUGGAUUUGCAGCAGCUGGAUGGGAUUUUUUUAGGCCCUUUUUAUGCCAAGUGCCCUUAGCUUACCUGUCACAGGCCACUUCCAGCAGUGCUUUGAAACCCCUCCUGUACCCUGCCAAAGGGUGCUGCCAGGAGGUGGUCACCCUCAGCACCACCCCAUGGCUCAGGACGUGGCUUCUGCUUUGCCCAGCUGCUCCACUGCAGAUGAAGUGCCUUUUUUUCAAGUAGAGAACAGGGAUAAAGAUUUCCCCUCAGAUGGAAGGAACCACAAAUUGGGUACCAACCCAAUCCUACUGCCAAGCUAAAUCCCUCCUUUGCUUUGCUGGGCUUAUUUUGUCCAGGUUUCCAAGGCAAACCUGUCCCCAAUGACGUUGGGAGGAUGGUUUAAAGGUUAGAAAGGGGUGAGUUGUGGCAAGUAGCUCUGGUUUUUUGGAAGCAGCCCUUGGCCAGAGCUUCUCCCAUCAUUUCUCCUGUUUGCCAUCCCAGCUCGCAGCCUGUGUGGAAGUGCAGCAGAAAGGGACAUCAGGUUCUGGGUUUUCUCUUUUUCUUUAGGUUUAUAUUCCCAAUCCAGAGACCAUCCCACAGGGUUGUGUGCUGUUUAUACACUGGAAAUUUGCAGAUUUGUUUUUGUUUCUUUCUCUCUCUCUCUCUUUUUUUUUUUUUUUCCCCUUUUUCUUUCUGCUCUUUAAUUGCUUGUUGACUUCUAGUGAGGGAUGUGCUGAAACCCAAAUCCUCUGAUCUCCUGGUUUAACCCACAUAGAUGCUGGAGCAGAAGGAUGGGUUGGAGGAGGAUGAUGGAGAUCUGCUGGGGAUGGGACUCACUCCUGUGUGGGGACAAGUUUCACCCUUGGCAGAUACAUAUGGCUUUUGGAAAUGGGGGAAUUCUGUCUUGUUUUGGAAUCUCCCAGUGAUUUUUAGGGGAUAUUUUCAGAUCCUUAUGAUCUCCUGUUCUCCAUGCAGGGCUGUGAGCCCUGAGCCCUCUCUUGGGAGCUUUGUUCUUGCAAACAGCUUUCCAGAGCCUUGGUAAAAAAACAACCCAAACCUGAUGACAAAUCCAAAGCACUUUUCCUCUCACUUUGCCUCUCUCCAUCUCUGUGUGAGGAUGAUCCGUAGCCACUCGUGUCUGUAUCCUAUUUUAUUUCCACACUCCACCAUCCUGCUCCAGGCACCAUUUCUCAGCUGGAGAAACAGCCAAGUGGGGUGAGGAAUAGAAAAUAUUCUCAAAUUAAACCUUCUCAGCUCUUUCCAAACCUCCUCUAACAGAACAGUCCCUGGAAGCACGGAUAAAUUCAGAUGCUGGGGGAAAUUUCUCUCUCUCCUGACUCUUGCUCUCCUGGAGGGGUUUUCUGCAAGACUUUUGGGCUGAAUUGCUUCUUCCUUGGUUCAAAAUUAGGAUGCCUUGGUGUGCUCUGCUCUCUGGUAGGGUCUCUAUAACACCUGUGAGCUGUUGUCUACAUUCCAAAGAGGUAUAAAUAAAUGAUAAAUCUAUGUAUACAUAUAUGUUAUAAUGGAAUAUCUCCAGGAAUUAACUGCCUCAGUAAAAGAAAAAAAAAAAAAAGGGGGUUUUGGUGAUUUUUUUGUUUUUUUUACAAAUGGGAUUUUUUUUAAGCUGAUAAAACAUAGUAAAAAAAAAGAUAUUGUUAUAUUGUGCUGUUUGACUAUUUUCCAACUUGUAUUUUCAUAUAAUUUAUAUUUUUUAAAAGUGGGGGGAAAAAAAUUUAAAAAGCGAGUUUAAAAAAAAAAACAACAACAAAAAGGAAAAAAAGCAGGUGCUUUUUAAAGAAAAAAACAAACCUGAGCUGAGGUAGCUUAGAGAUGUAGCGAGGUGUGUGUGUGUCUGUGUGUUGUGGUUGGGUUUGUCUCUUUUUUUUUUUUUUUAAAGGAUGCAAAAAGAAAAAAUAAAAAAAAAGCAAAAGCAGCCCCUCCAGCAUCGAGUUCUUAAAAGAAGGAGGGGGUUGGUUUUGUUUUAAUUGCUGAUGCUGGCACAUCAUUUUGCUGGAGAGUUUUUUAUAUACUGUAGCCUUAUUUCAUAUCGUAUUUUAAACCAUGUGAAAUUAAAAGAAGAAUAAUUCAUAGCCCUC